UUCGCUUAAAUGCAAAGCGCAUCUGUAAACACACUAAAUUAAAAAGCUUGUCAUCGAUAUAUUUUAACCAAAUCAAUGUUCACACACCACAUUCAGAAAAAAGUAAAGCUCGACAAAAGUGCCGGUAAUUGUCUGUAGAAAUCCUUCAUUUUCCUUUGAAUAUUCAAUCAGAACACAGCUAAAUCCAAAAAUUUGAAAAUAUGUUGACCUGGACACCACUUGAAUCUAAUCCCGAGGUUUUGACCAAGUACAUACAUAAAUUGGGCGUGUCGCCAGCCUGGUCGGUAACUGACGUCAUCGGAUUGGAAGAGGACACCUUGGAGUGGAUUCCGCGUCCCGUGAAGGCGUUCAUUUUGCUCUUCCCGUGCAGCGAAUCCUAUGAGAAGCACCGCGCCGAGGAGCACGAACGGGUGAAGGAGGUGCAGGAGCAGCAUCCCGACGAUCUCUUCUACAUGCGCCAGUUCACCCAUAAUGCCUGUGGCACCGUCGCCUUGAUCCACAGCGUGGCCAACAACAAAGAAGUUGACAUCGACAGCGGAGUACUGAAGAACUUCCUGGAGAAGACAGCUUCCUUGUCCCCGGAGGAACGCGGACAGGCCCUGGAGAGCGACAAGGAGUUCACCGCCGAUCAUCAGGCUUUGGCUCAAGAGGGCCAGACCAAUGCCGCCGAUCACGAGACGGUGAUCCACCAUUUCAUCGCUCUGGUGAACAAGGAGGGUACUCUGUACGAGCUGGAUGGGCGCAAGUCCUUCCCGAUCAAGCACGGAUCGACUUCGGAGGAGACUUUUGUAAAGGAUGCGGCCAAAGUGUGCAAGGAGUUCAUGGCUCGCGAUCCCAACGAGGUGCGCUUCACCGUCUUGGCCCUGACUGCGGCACAACAGUAGGCUGGAACUAAUCCCAUAACUCAGAACCACCAAGAUCCAAGAUCUGCCAGAGUAUACAUUUAUAUAUUCUCCAUAUUUUAAAACUGGCUGCAAAGGCGAACGAAGCCCCGCCUUUCAGCCGGCCAAUAAUUUACGCAUAUUUAUUUUGCAUUGAGCCAAAGCCGCAUAUGUAUUGGGAACACCAUGAUUGUUAUUAAAGAGUGCACUCUAGCUUGAUGCUAAGCUUAUAUCACAGUA